GAGGACUUUUAGCGCCUUAACAAACACUAACAAGUACCGAGUAGCGAGUGGCCAUGGCAGCACGACAACAACAACGGCGAAAAUUUCGUGAUAGGAAGGACAUAUUCUGGGAUUUCAGUGAUGCUGAGCUCAUCAGAAGAUACCGUCUGGAUCGAGCUGGCAUCGUAGCAGUAACAGACUUGGUGAGGGACGAACUGCACAGUCAAACUUGCCGAAAUAAAGCACUCUCUCCAGAGCUGAAGGUGGCUAUAACUCUUCGUUAUUUAGCCACUGGCAAGAUGCAGCUGUGCAGUGGAGAUGAUUUUGGUGUGUCACAGCCAACUAUCAGCCGUGUGAUUUGGCAAACAAUCACUGCACUGACUGCCCCUCGUGUCUUCCAUCAGUUUGUGAAGUUUCCACUGACUAGACAAGAAGUUCAGAGGAAGCAGGUGGAGUUCAUGGCUAUAGCCAGAUUUCCUGGAGUAGAAGGCGUGAUUGACGGGACCCACGUGCGGAUUGUGGCACCCAAAGAUGAUGAGUACGCCUAUGUGAACAGGAAACGCUACCAUAGCAUCAAUGUUCAGAUAGUGUUUGAUGCCACCUACAAGAUCCUGGACAUAGUAACAAAAUGGCCUGGAUCAGUGCAUGAUGCCCACAUCCUGGAUGAAUCUGGACUCAAAAUGUUAUUUGAGGAUAAUUAUGUGCCACAACCGUGCCAUCUCCUUGGGGACAGUGGAUAUCCAUUCAAGCAGUGGCUCCUGACACCAUAUACAAAUCGUCAGCUAGCAGGCCCUCAAGCCAAUUACAACAGGUAAGCAAUUUAUUGAGAUAAUUGUACAUGUUUCAUAUUAAUAUAACAUCUAUUUUGUUCAGAAAUAUCCUUUAUCAUUCCUUUAAUCUCUCAUGCCAAAUAUAUGUAUUAUAUAAUUCAAUUUUCCUACUUAUAAAAUAAUGCUAAAAGGUUAGGUUGGGUUAAGUUUAGACAAGUUAGGUUAGAUUAGGUUAAGUUAGGUUAAUUGAAAUAAGAUUAGGUUAGAGGAUAAUAUGGAGAUAUUGAUAGUCUAAUUAUUUCAAGACUGGUAUAGUCUAACCCUCUUUUGCUCAGAAAUAGCCCUUUACAUUCUCCUAACUCCUCAUUCCAAAUAGUAUAUGUAUUAAUUCAGUUUUCCUACUUAUAAGUGAUGUGACAAGGGAAGGUUUGGUUAGGUUGGAUUGGGUUAUGUUUAGUUAAGUUAGGUUAGAUUAGGUUAGGCUCAGUUAUAGGAUAGUAUAGAGAUAGUGAUAGAUAGCCUAUGUAUUUUAAGACUAUGAUAUAGCCUAAUCAUGUUUGCCACUUGAAGUAUAUUUUCUCAAAUUACUCUAAUCUCUGCUAUGAGUUAACCUGCAUAACUAGUAACACUUUAAAAUGUGAGUGUAGUCAGCGUCUCAUUUUUCUUUCAGAGCUCACAAAAGAACGAGAAGUGUGGUUGAGUGAGGGAUUGGGCAAUGGAAGCGAAGAUUUCAUGUCCUGCACAGUGAAGUCCGUGUUGCCCCCGACAAGGUCUGCAAGGUGAUUUAUGCCUGCGCUAUUCUGCACAACUUCUGCAAGAACAGGGGCAUUCCUCUACCUGAUGCAGAUGACUGUGAUGAUGGUGCUGAAGAAGUGGAGGAUGAUGAGGCUGCCCCAUACCACGCAGCUGCAGGCCCUGUGGCACGAGGAGUUCAAGCCCGAAGGGAUCACUUUGCAUACGUCCACUUCAAUGUUGAUGAGUAAGGCUGCGGUACCAGUCCAAUGAAGGUUCCUCUGCCUCUGAACACCAGACCCAGCAGGAGUGCCUCUCUCACAUAAGAAAAAAGGAGCAUGACGGUGGAUUUUUAUAAGACGACUUUUUUUUACCCUUCUUUGUGCAGAAAUAAUAAAAUAGUUUUUGUAAUAUGUGGUGAUGAGUUUGAAAUUAUCCUAUAUAUUUAAGUUCUAUUUUUUAAAGUCACUGUGUUUUGGAAGGAGGAAGUUCUUAUAACAUAUAGGUGAUCAUAAUAUCAUUAUGUAGAAGGAAACAGAUACAAGAGCGAUUUUUGUAAUAUUGUACUUAUAAUUAUAUGAUACAUCUAAUAGCUAAAUAACUUAAGGGUAAGCACACACACAGACACACACACACACACGAAAUAUAGACCUAAAGAAGAAGGAAAGAAAGAUUGGUUUAAUGCAAGAUGUGCUAGGGCAAAGGAGAAAUGAGAUGGAGCAUGGAAAAGGUGG